GGUGGGGACCGAGCCGGGAAGAGCCCGCAGGGCCACCGGCUGGUGGAAGCGCGGCGGGCCGACGGCCACCGCGCCGACCUCCUCCGCUUUCCGGUGAGAACAACAGAGAUCGGGCGGCUGAUCAGCUCCUACCUGGUGAAGGAGAAGAACCUGGAGGACCACACCAUUCACCUGCUCUUCUCUGCUAACCGCUGGGAACACGUACCGUUGAUGAAAGAGAAACUACAUCAAGGGAUCACACUUGUGGUUGACAGAUACGCCUUUUCUGGAGUGGCCUUCACGAGUGCCAAAGAGAACUUCUGCCUGGACUGGUGCAAACAGCCUGACAUUGGACUCCCAAAGCCAGAUCUGAUUCUGUUUCUUCAGUUAAGCCCAGAGGAAGCAGCGGAACGAGGGAACUUUGGAAAUGAACGUUAUGAGAACAGCUCCUUCCAAGAGAAAGUUCUACAGUCCUUCUAUCAUCUGAUGAAUGACAAGACAUUAAACUGGAAGACAGUGGAUGCUUCAAAGAGCAUAGAAGACUUGCACAGAGAAAUCAAGUCCAUUACAGAGGAAAUCAUGCAGGAGGUUCAGAAUAAACCUUUGGGACAACUCUGGAAAUAAAACUUUCUACAGAUUAUUCUUUUAGACCUAAGGGAAAACUCACCUUUUGGAUCUUCC